CGUGUUAAAAAAUAUUCGUCUGUCAACUUCUCUCAUUCACAUACAUUUGCCAUCGUCGUAGUCAAUUCUGUUUUCUUUUAAUUUUUAUUUCAAUCAAAUCAUAUUCAAUAUAAAUAUUAUUUUAACCGAAAACUUAGAAUUGACACGAUCAAUUAAUUUAAAAGCGAUAAAGAAUGAGUUCGUUUAAACGUGAUAAGAAAGAGGAAGAAGAUGGAAGUGGCAAUCCGUUUCAAAACAUCGACAAAACAUCUGUAUUGCAAGAGACUCGGACGUUCAACGAGACUCCAGUCAAUGCUAGAAAAUGCACACACAUCUUAACCAAAAUUCUCUAUUUAAUAAAUCAGGGUGAGGUGUUGGCAGCGCGCGAAGCGACCGAUUGUUUCUUUGCAAUGACAAAACUAUUCCAAUCAAAAGAUGUAGUUUUGCGUCGCAUGGUCUAUUUGGGCAUCAAAGACCUUAGCUCAAUUGCCGAUGAUGUUAUUAUCGUGACCAGUUCGUUAACUAAAGACAUGACAGGCAAAGAAUAUUUGUAUCGUGCAUCGGCCAUUCGUGCAUUGUGCAGUAUCACCGAUAAUACAAUGUUGCAGGCGGUCGAAAGAUACAUGAAACAGUGUAUCGUGGAUAAGAAUGAAUCGGUAUCGUGUGCGGCCUUAGUGAGUUCAGUGCAUUUGUCAAAUACAUCAGCUGACGUUGUAAAACGUUGGGCAAACGAAGCUCAAGAAGCAUUGAACAGCGAUAACAUAAUGGUGCAAUAUCAUGCCCUUGGUCUUCUUUAUCGCAUUCGUAAAACGGAUCGAUUGGCUGUUUCAAAAUUGGUUAACAAAUUGACACGUCAAAAUCUGAAAAGUCCAUACGCGCUAUGCAUGCUAAUUCGAAUUGCAUGCAGAUUGAUCGAAGAUGAUGAUAAUGCCGGCGGCAAUUCGGAAAAUGCCCUCAUGGAAUUCAUUGAGAAAUCUUUGCGUGAAAAGAGUGAAAUGGUCGUUUACGAAGCGGCCCAUGCAGUUGUCAAUCUAAAACGAACCACAACACGUGAAUUGGGACAAGCCACCAGUAUUUUGCAAUUGUUUUGCAGUUCACCAAAGGCAACACUGCGUUUUGCGGCCGUACGAACAAUGAACAAAGUGGCUAUGGUACAUCCAGUUGCGAUAACAACAUGUAAUUUGGAUUUGGAAGGUUUGAUCACCGAUUCAAAUCGUUCAGUGGCCACUUUGGCUAUAACAACAUUGUUGAAAACCGGUGCCGAAAGUUCCGUUGAACGUCUUAUGAAACAGAUUGCCACAUUUGUUGCUGAAAUUUCAGACGAAUUUAAAAUUGUCAUUGUGCAAGCAAUUCGAGCACUAUGCUUUAAAUUUCCACGUAAGCAUUCGAUUUUGAUGAAUUUCUUAAGUCAAAUGUUACGCGAAGAGGGCGGUUUAGAUUAUAAAACAUCAAUUGUCGACACCAUGAUUACGAUUAUCGAAGAGAAUGAUGAUGCCAGAGAAGUUGGCCUAUCGCAUUUAUGCGAAUUCAUUGAAGAUUGUGAGCACACAUCAUUGGCCGUACGCAUUUUACAUUUGCUGGGCAAAGAGGGACCAUUCUCAAAACCAUCGAAAUACAUUCGAUUCAUUUAUAAUCGUGUUAUUUUAGAAAAUGCAACAAUUCGUGCGGCGGCCGUUUCAGCAUUGGCUCAAUUUGGCGCUGUAUGCCCGAAUCUAUUGCCGAACAUUUUGGUAUUGUUGAGCCGCUGUCAAAUGGACACAGACGAUGAGGUUCGGGACCGUGCUACAUACUAUUAUACAAUUUUGAGCAGUGGUAACGCCGAUCUUAAUAAAGUUUACAUCACCGAAAAGCCGGCUCUAUCGAUUCCAUUGCUUGAGAAAGCAUUGCGUGAUUAUCUGCAAACACCGUGUACUGAAACAUUUGAUUUGUCAUCGGUACCAAUUAGUGCUCCAGUUAAAGAAGAAGUUCAAAAUGAUGCUAUGAUUAUAACCAAUACAAUUCCAAAAGCACCGAAAAUAACACGUGAAGAAGCAAAUGCCGAACGUCUAUCACAAAUUCCGGGCAUUCAACGAUUGGGACCGUUACAUAAAUCAUCAGCAUCCGUACAAUUGACCGAAAAUGAAACCGAAUACACCGUUCAAUGUGUUAAACACUGUUUCAACAAUCAUAUGGUAUUUCAAUUCGAUUGUGUCAACACAUUGUCCGAUCAAUUGCUUGAGAAUGUUCGUGUUGAAUUAGUGGCGCCGGAAGGUUUUAUCAUGCGGGCGGUUAUUCCAUGCGCUAAAUUACCGUACAAUGAAACCGGUUCGACUUAUGUGAUUGUCGAAUUUCCACAAGAUGUAUCCAAUUCAGCGGCCACAUUUGGUGCAACACUGAAGUUUAUUGUAAAAGAUUGCGAUCCACAAACGGGCGAACCAGAUUCGGACGAUGGAUACGAUGACGAGUACAUGCUGGAAGAUCUGGAAAUCUCUGUGGCCGAUCAAGUACAGAAAAUUACGAAGAGUAACUUUUCAAAUGCUUGGAGUUCGGCCGAAACAGAUGCGUGGGUUGAACUUGAAGACACUUAUGAAUUGUCUGCUGUGAAUACAUUACAAGAUGCCGUAAAUUCGAUACAAAAAUUCCUUGGUCUGGCUGCUGACACCGGUUCCGGAAAGGUCAACCAAGGUGUUCAUACACAUACGCUGCUCAGUUCCGGUAUCUUCCGCGGUGGACACGAGAUAUUGCUGCGCGCAAAAUUAGCCUUAUCGGAUGGUGUAGCAAUGCAAUUGACAGUUCGAUCAACGAGUUCCGAAGUAGCUGAGCUAGUUUCAUCCGCGAUAGGUUGAUAAUUAUUAUUCGACGAUGGCCGGUACGAGUACGAGUAUUGUGGUUAUUAUAUGAAGUUAAAAUUACUGUAAAAACAAACAAUUCAUAUUAAAUAAAGUAAAUAUAGAGAGUCGUUUUCCAAAAAAACUCAACGCAAAA